UUGCUUUUAUUAUUAGGGAAAUUAAUACUAUUCAAAAGAUUUUUGAUUACAGGAGAAAUCCCGCUAAAAAUUAAGAAAGAAAAGAGAGAACCGAAAUCAAUUCCAUGGCAUUUCACGUUGCUUGCCCAAUUACAUGCCAGCGUAUCUGCUUCUGCACGCUUGGGUUUCCUCAGAAGCUUCAGAGCGAGAAGGGGAGGAAAGAUUUCUUGGAGGAGAUUUUUAGGGUUGAGGAGUUCUUGAGCGAUCCGUGGUCAGUCAAGGCUCGUCAGAAAGGCACUGUUCAGGUUGCGGUUCCUCGAAUUGUUGCUUCGACUCCGGUGGUGACUGUUGUAGCUGAUGGAGUUGGGGGUGGAGAUGCGGAUGGGGAGGAGAUUUUGUCUGCUCAGAGAAAGAGAGUUGCGAUGCAGAAGAAGGCGGUUGCUGCCUCGUUGGCCGCCGAGAAUUAUGCUCGGAGGUUUGAAACCGGUGAUUUGGCGGAUGCCUCUAAAGAAACAGUUCGAGAUAUUGUUGGAGAAGAACAGGUUUCUUCAAACAUCAAUGUAAUGUGUCGAUUAUGCUUUUAUGGUGAAAAUGAAGGAAGUGAGAGAGCAUUGAGGAUGCUUCCAUGCAAAAUUUGUGGCAAGAAGUAUCAUAGGAACUGCCUUAAAAGUUGGGCCCAGAACCGAGAUUUAUUUCAUUGGAGUUCAUGGGCCUGCCCCUCUUGCCGAACUUGUGAGAUAUGUAGAAAAACUGGAGAUCCAAAUAAAUUUAUGUUCUGUAAAAGGUGUGAUGGUGCUUACCAUUGCUACUGCCAGCAGCCUUCACAUAAGAAUGUUAGUGCUGGACCUUAUCUGUGCCCAAAGCAUACUAGGUGUCACAGCUGUGGAUCCAAUGUUUCUGGAAGUGGACUAAGUACAAGGUGGUUUCUUGGGUAUACUUGCUGUGAUGCUUGUGGGAGAUUGUUUGUGAAGGGGAAAUAUUGUCCUGUUUGUUUGAAGGUCUAUAGAGACUCUGAAUCAACACCAAUGGUUUGCUGUGAUGCUUGCGAACGUUGGGUGCACUGUGAUUGUGAUGGUAUCAGUGAUGAAAAGUAUCUGCAGUUUCAAGCUGAUAAUAAUCUUUACUACAAAUGUGCUGCCUGUCGCGGAGAGUGCUACCAGGUUAAGGACCUUGAUAAUGCUGUGCAAGAACUUUGGAGGAGAAGAGAUGAAACUGAUCGAGACCUGAUUGCAAGUUUGAGGGCUGCUGCUGGAUUGCCAUCUCAAGAAGAAAUAUUUUCUAUUUCACUUUAUUCAGAUGAUGAAGAAAAUGGGCCAGUUGGGCGUUCAUUAAAGUUUUCUGUUAAAGGGUUACCUGAUAAAACACCAAAGAAAACUAAGGAAUAUGGGAAAAAAUCUUCAAACAGAAAGUAUUUAAAGAUGAAAGGAUAUGAGGCGUCAUUAGUUGGCAAAACUGAAUCACAUCAGUGUUUGGGAAGACAGCAGGAUGCACAAUCCUUGGAAUGCAACUUGGAUGAUGAAAAGACUGAUCAUAUGCAGUUGCAUAGGAGUGGAGGACCUGAUGUACCUGCAUCUCCUCUUGCCGGGGUUCUAGCUAAUGCCAAAAAGAAACUUUCUAUUAAUCAACCAGGAAGCACAAGACACAAUCUUACUGAGGAGAUUUUGGGCAAUGAAAAAAGAGCUUCCAGAGUUAUUCAAAUAAAAAGUUGUAAAUCACAUGGCUCGGCUGUCAUGGAAGGGACUGUAAAACAGGUUACCAAGUCAGAUACUGUGAAGGGAACAAAGCUAGUUAUACAUCUAGGUUCAAGAAAUAGAAAUGUAAGCAGCUCUCCAAGAUCGGAAGCAUCAAGCUGUCACAAAGAACAAGAAUUAACAACAGCUUCUAAUGGCAGUGAAGAUACGAGCCAACUUAAGGCCAUUGAUAAGAAGUAUAUGGUUGAUGGACUUGAUGGAACCGGCAGAUUUGGAGGUGGUAAAGGAGGGAAACAUGACACUUCAGACGAGUUAAAACAUUCGAAGCAAAUAGGCAGGGAAGGUAGCUUGAUAAAGUUGGGAAAAGUUAAGUCUGAUGUUUCUGGAUUAAAAUUCAUUUCUGGCAGAGGUAAAAUUGCAGAGGGAUAUGAGUCUACGGGUACCAUUGCAACCCGUGUUUUAUUGGGGAAAAGGAGCACUGAAGGAACUGUUGCAGCCGUAGAAUCUGUGAGUGAAGAAUUGAGAGGUGAUGAGGUUCCAAGGUGGAAGCAGGCUAAGGGCACACCUAAUAUAUGUGAUGAGAGCCAGAAUAUCUCUGCUGUCACCUCCACUGUUUCUGAUUCAUUGCCAAAGGACCCUAAACCAUUGCUUAAGCUUAAAUUCAAGAAUCCUUAUUUUGAGAACCGGAGCUCUUGGGUCCCUAAAGGGGAGGAAGAGAAAAAUUCCGUAAAAGGGCAGAGAUCAAAAAGGAAGAGGCCAUCGCCUUUAAUGGACAAAGGCUCAAUUAGAGAAGAUGAGGACAUGUCACUAUUGCAUCGAGACAGUCUUAUCAAUGAGGUCAUGGACGCAAACUGGAUAUUGAAGAAGUUAGGUAAAGAUGCAAUUGGAAAGAUAGUUGAAGUUCAUCAGCCAUCCAACAAUUCCUGGCAGAGGGGAGUUGUUACUGAUGUUGUUGAAGGCACUUCAAUUCUAGCUGUUCGUCUAGACAAUGGUAGAGACAAGACCUUGGAACUUGGGAAGCAAGGAGUUCGUUUUGUUUCUCAGAAACAGAAGCAGUCAAAAGUGUGAGAUUUGUUCCUUUCAAUUAAUUCUAUCUUCAUGGUGUGAGGGAGAUCCAUGGCACUUGUGGAUACAUUAAUCUGGAGUCCUCAAAUUUGAAGGUUUAUCUUCAUGCUACAAUCUUCGUCUCUUGGGAGGGCUUCCAACUUCUGCCAUUGUUCUUGCUGAAAUACUGUUGCUGAUUGGGUGACAAAGAAUAAGUCUGCAACCGAGUCCUUGCUCAUUGGGUGCCUUUAUGACAUUUAUUUCAGUACUUCUCAUUUCUGAUAUCUCAAUUUCUCAUUGCCAAUUCCUUCAUCAUAACUGUCAAUUGUUGUGACAGUACGGGGCAGAAGUUGAAGGCCCCAAGAAUGUUAAAAAUAUCAUUCUAAAUCUCCAUAGGGGCUGUGAAUUGUUUACACCUCAGGUAUCAGACUUAUUAUUUUGAAGGAAAAAGUUGAAUUUGCUGUAGUUA